AUGGCGGCGGCGGCGGCGGCGGCAGCGGGCUCGCUGCCGCCACCAGGCACAGUUGUGCGGCUGCUGCGCCUCAGCGGCUUCUCCAUACUCCAGCAGCUGCAGAUAGAGGAGGCGCUGCUCAGGCAAGCGGCCAGCUGCUGGGCCGCUGGCGAGGCUGGUGCCAGUGCUCCGGCCACCACCCACAACUGGUUUGUGAUCAACGACGGCACGCCGCAGCCUUCAGUGGUGCUGGGCGUCAGCGGCAAGGCUCAUGAGUUGGUGCACCUGGCGGCGGCGGCGGCGCGGCGCGUGCCGCUCAUCCGGCGCUUCACCGGCGGCGGCACAGGCACGCACGGCGCCGGCCUGCCGCCGCCGGGCCCACCGCGCCGCCGCUGCCGCUGCUCUCGCGCUCCAGAGCUACUGCUGCCCUCUGCUGCUGCUGCGGCUAUGGCUGUCGUCUCCCUUGGGAUGCGGCGGUGCACCAUGGUUGUGGAUGGAGACACAAUCUUCACAGCGCUCAUCAUGCAGCACCAGAGCCUGCCGGGGGUGGAGCCCUACCCUCGCCCAGUCAUGCAGUACACCGAACACCUGUACCGCACGGUGUUUGGGCAGCACGGCGCCUUCCGGCUGCGGGAGAAUGGCAAGCCGCCGCAGCCGCCGCUGUGCUAG